AACACACGCUGUUGUCAGCUGACCGAGAGUAUCCGACCAAAGCUGUCCAUCAACUGGUAGGAAAAAGGCCCUCAUUAAUGUCAGCUUAGCCAUACUAGUAUCUCGACAGUUGUUUGUAACGACCGUUAUGUGCGCACAUCGGAAAUUACAGUGUCUCUUUUAGACUAUCGUACAUGUAUAAGUGUUGUCACAGAGGAAAGCAUUUGUACAUUGGCCGAGGGGUUGUCCGUUUUUGUUGGAUCCAAGCUGUGAACUGCGGACAAACACAAAUCAACUGGACUUGUACCCAACGAAACCCACUCAAAUGCAGAUUCACCUGUUUUCUUUUGCUGCUGAUCGUGGGAUUUCUUGUCGCCAAUCGAAGGAUAAAGAAAGGGAGAUUGAAAAAAAAGAUUUCCGCACUUCAUGGGCUGCAGCGGCUCACUUAUUUCAAAGGAAGUGAAAUUACUGAAAUUAACUGACUGCUGGAGAGGAGGAAGGAGAUUACCGGAGCCUUUCCUGGACGGUUAUUUCACGCGACCCUGUUAAGGCAGCAGGAGAGAUGUCUGAUACUGGUGCUCUGUAGGACAAACCGUUCCUCAUUCAAGUUUAAUGUAUGCGUCAUCGACAUUAUAUGAAGAUACGAACAUGCUCUUGUGGACAACAUGUGCCUAUAUAAGAUUAAAGAAGCUUACAUGGUCGUGGCACACAGCAUUUCACACCUGACACAGAAAUCACAGGCGGGGACCCCAGUUCGAGUUCCGGUGUGGGAAGGAUGUGGGAAGAAUUCAUCGGAGUAGCUUGAUAAGAUCGAAGUUUUGCACGACUACUGUGAACGGCUUCAGUAUACUUGUUGAUCAACCGAGUGUGCUAUAGAUUUGUUAAUGUGUGGUUGAUUUGCUAUAUCGACGCCAUAUAUUGAAAAUAUCAGACUACAUAAUUCGUCAAAGUUUGUGUCAGUAUCAGCUUUGUUUGUGCUUCAACUUUUCUGUGACAUCUUUUAUCUUUUAUUCAAUUGCUGCCGCUGUCCCGUGUCGUUUAGGAAUUCCAUAACGCACUCUACGCCGAGGGAUAGGCAGCUUCGGUCUCAUCACGCUUGAUCGUCUUUUCUUCUUGUUUUUAAGGCUGCUUUGGUGAAAAUCCCAACGUGUGCUGCGCAGUUUUCUCUCCUUGUUUUCGAAUAAAGCGUCCACAAUAAUUUCAUUGCGUUAUCGGGCUCCACGGAGUGGCAACGAUGGAAUGCGAUAACUCCGGACGAGGCGCGCUUCACCGCACGCUGACCUGGUGGGGCACCCUGAACCAGAUACUCGGCUCAUUAGUGGCGAGCUCUCGGCGUGUGUUUGUACACGUUGCCGUCUAAAACUGACAUAGCUUCCCGAUAGCAUCAAUAGUGAUGUGCCAGGCGUGCGGACUAUGGCAAGCGAGUAUGACGUAUACACUUACUCCUCGGGAGACAACCUCACGGAGCUGUGGCUGGAGAGUUUCGACGACGCUGACAACAGCUCCACCAACGGCACGGACUCGGAAGAACUCGUCAACUUGAAAUAUGCAACGACGCCGUUGGUGUUCAUCUGUUUAGUCCUAGGUAUGAUGAUCCUGGUCACCAUCAUCGGUAACGUUUUCGUCAUCGCCGCCAUCAUCUUGGAGCGCUCCCUCCAGGCCGUCUCCAACUAUCUGAUUCUGUCUCUGGCCGUAACGGACCUGAUGGUGGCUGUUUUGGUAAUGCCGCUCAGUGUUGUGAAUGAGAUAACUCUUACGUGGCACCUCGGCAACGAACUCUGUGACAUGUGGAUUUCGUUCGAUAUACUCUGCUGCACAGGCUCCAUUCUGCACCUCGUCGCCAUUUCCUUUGACCGCUUUUGGGCUGUGUCCGACAUCGACUAUAUUCGACGACGGAACGCCCGGAAGAUCCUGACGUUGGUGGCGGCAGUCUGGAUCGUCGCCAUCUGUGUCUCGAUCCCUCCCCUGUUCGGAUGGAGAGAGGACGACAACUCCCCUGAAGUAACAGGCUAUUGUCAAAUUAGCCAAGACCAAGGAUACACUAUUUACUCAACAGUCGGGGCGUUUUACUGCCCUCUUGUGCUAAUGCUAGUGCUGAAUUACAAAAUCUACAAGGCCGCGAGGUCACGCAUACGUAAAAAGGCGUUCGGAGGCGCAAAAAAACCCAAGAAGUACGACACGGCUGUGGCCGUGCCGUCAACAAAAGUCAUUGGUGCGGACGGCGUUUCAAUGAACGUCUCCUCUGGAAGUGACGUUGACAGUCACGACGGCUACAGCAGCUUCAAUGGCUCGUGUCUUCACUUGAACGAAAUUUCUCAAGUGGAAAGUUCGGUAGAUCUGAGAGAAGAAGAAAAUGGGCUGAUGGAAAAUGAUUCGGACGCUUCCAUCAACCCCACUAGACUCACCAGCACAACUCUUGCCCCCUCUACUCUCAGCCCGCCUCCCCUCAGCUUACCUGGUCGAAAGGGCUCAACAUGCAAAAUCCCCAAACCCUCGUCAAAACUGACACCGAGGACGCCAACAAAGUGUAACAACAACAACAAGAUGCACAGAAAAAAAGAAAAAGAACGCUUGAGGAAGGAAAAGAUUGAGAUGAAGCGCGAGCGAAAAGCCGCACGCGUGCUUGGCAUCAUAACGGGUGCGUUUGUCGUCUGCUGGUUGCCUUUUUUCGUCAUCGCCUUAAUUGGACCAUUCUGUGGAAGCAAUUGCUACUUUCCGGACGCUAUGAUCAGCGUGUUUCUCUGGCUGGGUUAUUUUAACAGUUUACUCAAUCCCGUUAUCUAUACCAUAUUUAAUCCAAGUUUUCGGACGGCUUUCCGAAAACUCUUAUUCGGCAAAUACCGAAAAGUAAGAAUCAAAGUGGGUAGAUGAGACUUUGGUGACGUGCUGACGUCAUCACUGGACGCCUCACUGUCACAGACGAAUGACGCACUGCGCGAGACUAAAGUGACCAAUGUGUCUGUGACGUCUUUUUUUUAAACCAACGGCAAAUGAUAUUAUUUCGUUGCUGUGGUGAUUUUUGGCAACGGUACCGCCAUAUACAUGUAUGUAUCAUUCCAGUAUUCACCAAUCUAAACGUUAUGAGGAUGAGAUAUAUAUAUUGUUAGCAUGCUUCCGAAGGUUUACUCUGUUUCAGCUUUUUUUAAAACAUGCAAGUCGUGUGUAUAAUAUAUAGACCCUUAAUGCAUAUGUCGGACGCAAAGAAUUACUUUAUUUCAACCUGUGACACUUAAUGCAAAUUUGUAACUGAACCAUCUGGCUGUACAGAGACUUUCUAGGUUCACAAUCUGUGAUCUAAUCUCAUAUUAAGAGACCAUAAUAAAAAAAAUGUGCAUCUGUAAAUAAACCUUGUGUACAA